GCAGUCUGAAGCGUGGCGGGAAGAGACAGGAUUCCGGGCUAGAAAGGGUGCGGAAGCCAGCAGAAGAAGGCGGCUGAGUUCUGGUCGCGGGUGGAGGGAGGGAACGCACUUAAAGGGGCCAAGGCCCAGAAUAAGGUAGACGUUUAAAGGGACAGGUGCCCCAAAGAGAAGAGGCAUUUAAAGGUGCAGAUGCCCAAGAUAGAGCAGACCCUAGAGGAGCCGAGCUCAACGGACAGAAGACAUUUAAAGUGGUAGGUUCGGGAGAGAAGGACAUUUUAAGGAGACUAGGACCGAGCGUAGAAAACAUUAAAAGAGGUAUGGGCUAGGGUUUGAGAACACGUUUAUUAAAGGGACAUGGAUAAAGGAGUCGAUUGUCAAGGGCGUGAUGAGGAAGACUGCACUCCUGCUCUCCCCCAUUGUCCUUUCUGGCUCCUCCAGGUUCCUUCACCCCGGAACCCCAGUUCCCAGGCUAUGACCCCCAGUGCCCUGUAGACCUGGCGGGCCCCGCGUGCUUGCGCCCCCUAUUUGGGGGUCUGGGUGGCUACUGGAGGGCCUUGCAGAGGGGCAGAGAAGGCAGGACCAUGGCAUCUAGGGCCUCUGAACCUCCCCCAGGGCGCAGCGUGACGGCGGGCAUCAUCAUUGUUGGAGAUGAGAUCCUCAAGGGACACACUCAGGACACCAAUACCUACUUUCUGUGCCGGACACUGCGCUCCCUGGGGGUCCAGGUGUGCCGAGUCUCUGUCGUACCCGAUGAGGUAGCCACCAUCGCGGCUGAGAUCACGUCUUUCUCCAGCCGCUUCACCCACGUCCUUACAGCAGGGGGCAUUGGCCCCACCCAUGAUGAUAUGACCUUCGAGGCAGUAGCACAGGCCUUUGGGGACGAACUCAAGCCACACCCUGAGCUGGAAGAGGCCAUCAAAGCCCUAGGGGGGCAGGGCUGGGAGAAGCUGUCACGGGUGCCCUCCUCUGCCCGCCUACAUUAUGGCACAGAUCCUCUCACUGGCCGUCCGUUCAGAUUCCCACUAGUCUCCGUCCGAAACGUCUACCUCUUCCCGGGAAUUCCGGAGCUGCUGCGGCGGGUGCUGGAGGGGCUAAAGGAACUGUUCCAAAACACAGCUGUUCAGUUCCACUUGCGGGAGCUGUAUGUGGCAGCUAACGAGGCCUCUAUCGCCCCCAUCCUGGCUGAGGCCCAGGCCCACUUUGGGCGCAGGCUUGGCCUGGGUUCCUACCCUGACUGGGGCAGCAACUACUAUCAGGUGAAGCUGACACUGGACUCGGAGGAAGAAGGGCCCCUGGAGGAAUGCCUGGCCUACCUGACUGCCCGUCUGCCCCAGGGAUCGCUAGUCCCCUACGUACCCAACGCUGUGGAGCAGGCCAGUGAGGCCGUGUACAAACUCACUGAGUCAGGGUCUUCUCUGAGAGAAAAGGUGGCAGGAGCCCUACAGACCAUUGAGACUGCCCUGGCUCAGUACAGCCUCACCCAGCUCUGCGUGGGAUUCAACGGGGGCAAGGACUGCACCGCCCUCCUGCACCUCUUCCAUGCCGCUGUGCAGAAGUACAGUCUGCAGGUGCUGGAGGCUGAGGGUGACAUGAAGCAGGCCCUGAGCGAGCUGCGGGCACAGCACCCCCAGCUGGAGGCCGUGCUGAUGGGCACCCGCCGCACCGACCCCUACUCCUGCAGCCUCUGCCCCUUCAGUCCCACUGACCCAGGGUGGCCUUCAUUCAUGCGCAUCAACCCGCUGCUGGACUGGACCUACAGAGACAUCUGGGACUUUCUGCGUCAACUGUUUGUCCCAUACUGUAUCCUGUAUGACCAAGGCUAUACGUCAUUGGGGAGCCGGGAGAACACGGUGCGGAACCCGGCCCUGAAGUGCCCAAACCCAAGAGGACAGCCCACCUACCGUCCAGCCUACCUGCUUGAGAACGAAGACGAGGAGCGGAACUCCCGCACGUGACCUCCCAUUCCUGCCCUGUCCAGGAGGAAGGGAAGGGGGCCAUCCUGGGGUCUAACCUGUCAAUAAACCACCUCUCCUGUG